AUGCCCCGCGGCUUCCUGGUGAAGCGCAGCAAGAAGUCCACACCGGUAUCCUACCGGAUCCGCGGCGGCGAGGACGGCGAUCGCGCGCUGCUGCUGUCGCCGGGCUGCGGGGGCGCCCGCGCCUCGCCCCCGGCGCCCGGCCCCGGGCAGGGCCCUCUGCAGCCGCCGCCGCCGACCGAGCGCGCCCAUGCGGCGCUCGCCGCCGCGCUCGCCUGCGCGCCGGGCCCGCCGCCACCCCCGCCAGGGCUGCGGGCCGCUCACUUCGGCAACCCCGAGGCCGCGCACCCGGCGCCGCUCUACAGUCCCACGCGGCCCGUGAGCCGCGAGCACGAGAAGCACAAGUACUUCGAGCGCAGCUUCAACCUCGGCUCGCCCGUCUCGGCCGAGUCCUUCCCCACGCCCGCCGCGCUGCUCGUGGGCGGCGGCGGCGGCGGCGGAGGGGCCAACGGCGCUGGAGGCGGUGGCACCUGCAGCGGCGACCCGCUGCUCUUCGCGCCCGCCGAGCUCAAGAUGGGCACGUCUUUCUCGGCGGGGGCCGAGGCGGCCCGCGGCCCGGGGCCUGGUCCCCCACUGCCCCCCGCCGCCGCCUUGCGGCCCCCGGGCAAGCGGCCUUCUCCCCCCGCCGCCGCGGCCGCCGCGGCCGCAGAGCCGCCCGCCAAGGUAGCCAAGGCCCCGGGUUCCAAGAAGCCCAAAGCCAUCCGCAAGCUGCACUUCGAGGAUGAGGUGACCACGUCACCCGUGCUGGGGCUCAAGAUCAAGGAGGGUCCAGUGGAGGCGCCGCGAGGCCGCGCGGGGGGUGCGGCGCGGCCGCUGGGCGAGUUCAUCUGCCAGCUCUGCAAAGAGGAGUACGCCGACCCCUUCGCGCUGGCGCAGCACAAGUGCUCGCGCAUCGUGCGCGUGGAGUACCGCUGCCCCGAGUGCGCCAAGGUCUUCAGCUGCCCGGCCAACCUGGCCUCACAUCGCCGCUGGCACAAACCGCGGCCUGCGCCCGCCGCCGCCCGCGCGUGCGAGCCCGAAACCCCUGCCCGGGCUGAGGCGCGGGAGGCGACGGGCGGCGGUAGCAGCGACCGCGACACGCCGAGCCCGGGCGGCGUGUCCGAAUCGGGCUCCGAGGACGGGCUCUACGAGUGCCACCACUGCGCCAAGAAGUUCCGCCGCCAGGCCUAUCUGCGCAAGCACCUGCUGGCGCACCACCAGGCGCUGCAGGCCAAGGGCGCGCCGCCGCCGGCGCCCCCGGCCGAGGACCUACUGGCCUUGUACCCCGGGCCCGACGAGAAGGUGCCCCAGGAGGCGGCCGGCGACGGCGAGGCGGCCGGCGUGCUGGGCAUGAGUGCGUCCGCCGAAUGCCACCUGUGCCCGGUGUGCGGGGAGACGUUCCCCAGCAAGGGCGCCCAGGAGCGCCACCUGCGCCUGCUGCACGCCGCCCAGGUGUUCCCCUGCAAGUACUGCCCGGCCACCUUCUACAGCUCGCCCGGCCUCACGAGGCACAUCAACAAGUGCCACCCGUCCGAAAACAGACAGGUGAUCCUCCUGCAGGUGCCCGUGCGUCCGGCCUGCUAG